UCGUGUCGUACGCAUCGAUUUUUGUUCGCUCUCGCGUAAAUCGCCGAUUUCGUGUCGUGAUUUAUUCAUUGAAUCUUACGUUCGUGCAAAAUUCUUUGCCUACGUGAUUUCUAUCGUUGGUGAUCGUUUCCAGUUCUUUGUUCUUCGUUUCGGAAGGGUUUUGGUGGCCGAGAUUCGGCGGAAGAAGAUAAGCGGCUCACAAAGAUACUGAUCGAUUUCCGUACGAUCGAUUUCGCGAAAGUGGAUCGACUAACGUAAGAUCCGGUCUCGGAAGGACGGCAAAAUAUGAGCAUCUCGUGAAGUCGGUUUAAAGUGCAGCUUUUAGACAUCGAAGGAGUACACGAUGGAAACCGACGAGCUCACCAAACUCGUAGACGAGAUUUACAAGAACAUUCUGGACAAAUUCAAUCCAGGGGCGAGGCAGUUGAUCAAUGCUGGGAAAGCGUAUUUGAAAGCUCUUCAUGGUGCUGCAGCAGCAUCCCGGGUCUACGUGGACGAGUUGUCUAAAUUAGCGCGGCAGGCGCAACUGGGAACAUGGGGUGGUUCCAAGGAUAUCGGAUUGGCGCUGAUGAGAAUCGUCGAGGUCUACAAGGAGAUCCAGGAGCAGGAGAUGAAUAUCCUGAAAGCGUUUUACGUGGACCUGCUGGUGCCCCUCGAGACGAAUCUGGAGAAGGACACGAAGGUGGUGCAGAGCGAGCAGAAGAAGUUUCUGCAGCAGCACAAGGCCAGAUCCGAAACUUACAGCAAAGCGGCGGCGACCAUGAAGAAGCAGAGGAAGAAGUCUAAAGGCGCCAGCAAGAGUGGACUAGCGAUGGACAAAGAGCUGAAGAAUAUGCAGAUUCUCGAGGAGGAGAAGUCCAAGCUGGACGCCUUUUGUGAACAGAGUUUGAAGAACGCGAUGACACAGGAGAGAAGAAGGUACGGCUUUGUUCUGGAGCGACAGUGCUCGUUGGCGAAACAUUAUGCGAGUUUUCAUGAGGUCGCGUUAGCCGCUCUUCAUCCCUCCGUUGAUAGGUGGCGCGAGGUUGCCGCCACCAGGGAAUACUUGCCACAGUCCGUGGAAGACAUGUUCGCUUCCAGGCUCAGGCAAGUGUCGUUCUGGCCGGAGGACGAAGAGAACGGAGGAUCAGAGUUGACGAUGAGUUCGCAACUAAGGAAGACCAGGAGUAUGGACAGCUCUUGCUUGGAACUUCGACCCGGACCUCCUUCCGGAAACGUGCCAAGUGCCACUUAUCAAGGCCCUUCUUCGCAUCUUCCCACUGCUCUGUCUAGAGCAAGGUCAGAGGCCAAUCUCCACGCCUCCACGUUAUCAUUAGAUCCAGAGGUCCCGGAAACACCACCAAGGCCGAGGUCUAUGGCGCCCCCAGCAUCGCGCAACAGCGGUAGCGGUGGUGGCGGUGGCAGUGGCACGGGGGUGAGCACCGCCGGAUGGGGUGACGCACCCCUUGCCAGGGCUCUCUUUGCCUAUUUGAGCUCCGGGGAAAAUCAGCUGAGUUUCCUGGAGGGCGAUCUCAUCGCGUUGAUGGGAGAUCGUCAGAAGGGCUGGCAAUUCGGGGAGAAUCUCCGCACGCAAAGUUCCGGAUGGUUCCCACUGGCGUACACAGAAAUUAUUGUCGACGAUGGCCCGGGAUCGCCGAGUCACGGUGCAAACAAUGGUCGGGCAUCGGAGCCGCAGGCAGUUCCACCCUGUAAGCCUCCACCCUCUAGGCCGCCAGUGACACCGAACAGCAUGGAUGAAGUGUCGAGUGGAUUCCAUGGGGUUGGAAACAACGUCAACAACAGUAACAACAACAGCAACGCCUCUACUCAUGUACAGAAUAGUAACAGUUAUCACAAUCUGGCAACACCCACUGCACGUCAGACUAAACCGAUCCGUCCAUCGGGCACGUUGCCCACAGUUUUGGCCGGUGGUCGUAGGAUACAACCACCUGCUCCGCCUGUGCCGCCUCCUCAGGUUGUGACAUCUCUGCACAGCAGCAACGACAGUGGUUUCUCGAACGAACCACCGGCUCAACCUGAUAUCGAUUACAGCGAUGACGAGGCUAUGAGACAACGCCGAAGAAAGCCGCGCGCCGAUAGGAUAACCGAGCUGACGAAGCAGCAGCAGAAGGAGGAGAAGUCCAGCAAGGACUGGGAGAACGACUCGUGGAAGACGAUCCCCAGGGACGAGAAGAGCUGGCACCUUUACAGAACCGCGAUGGACAUCUGGGCGGAAUCGAACGUGAACCAGGCGAACGAGAACGGCGACAGAUACUCCAAUCGACAUUACGAGAACCAGGAGCGCAAGAACAGGGAGUUUGAUCGCGCCACCAUGGAGAACGGACCGUCCAGGAAAUCCGUGCAGAAGGCGCAAGAACGAGCGCAGAAGAACGAGUACGAGAAUCGUGGUCGGGCGAAUACGGGCCGCAAGAACAAGAUGAGCGAGGAGCAGAGAAAGCCUACCAGAAGAAACAACGAGGAGGAGCGCCGCGAGGCGAAAAGAACGAAAGAACAGGAAGAAACCGAGGAGGAGAUCGAAUUAGAGGAGGAGGAAGAGGACAACUACAGCAGCCGGAUCGAGUAUCAGAAGUACGAGGGAAAGAAGUAUUACGGGGACAGAACGGAUGGGCAAGAACGUAAUCCCCGACGCGGCUAUCACCCGCUGCCGCAAGAAGACUCGAAAUACGAAAACGAGAAAACUUCUUCAGCCACGUCUUCGGGCACCGACGACGAGAGCACCAUUACCAUUCCGGAAACGGGCAGGAAGGUGGAGCACAUCGCUCAGAAGCUGGAGCAGACGGCGCAGAAGUACGCGAGGGAACAUAGUCCGCCAAAAUUCAUCGAGAGAAGAAACGAUUACAGAAGUCUGGAGCGGAGAGAGGAGAAACAGCCGCCGCCCCCGUACGAGAGGUACAACGACGAGAGGAAUCGCGCGCCGCAGAGAUACGAGCGUGAAAGGGAACGUUACGAGAAACCACCCGCCCAGAAGACGAAUACGUACGAGAGGGAGAGGACGUUCGAGAAGAAUCCUGACAGGAACAGAAACAUUGAACGCGCGUCGAGUCGCCGCUUCGAGAGACCUAGGCCUCCCUCGGAGGAGGCCCCGGAGAGACCCACGGAGCCCCGGAGUAUGUACAGGGAACGUCGGUACUCCGACAAGGAGGAGGCGAUAUAUGGAGAGACCAAGUUCGUUCGGGAGACCGUGUCCGUGGACAAGGAACGCGGCUACGAGUCGAAUUUCGAGACGAAACUAGAGAGGACCAAGGUGAUCGAGAGGCACGGUUACCAGAACGCCCUGGUGCAGGCCAACCUCCAGAAGUUCCAGAGAAACGGACCUCAGAGUCUGGAGAAAAACGACACGAACAACAACACGCUGAAGGACGAGAACCGGAAGCCGCUGCUGCCACGGCAGACGACCGCAGUGGGUCACCUGAUACAGACCGGCAGAGCCUUCGAUGUGGACUCCAAGAGUCCCAAGCUGGUCAAGAGGACUAAGUCUUUCUGGAGGUUCAGGAGGGACUCGGAGGUGUUGGAGGGUAUGGCGCUCUGGCAGCACAGAUCGCUGGUGGACAUCCCGAAGAUGAUUAAGAAGGAAACGAAGGAGGAUGCCAGCUCCGAGGAGACCAAGAAGCAGAGUCCCGAGGGGAGCCCCACUUCCCGGCAGAGUCUCGAGAAGAGGAACAGCGACGUGACGAUCACGAAUGACCCUCGUCAGGACGAACCUAAACCCGCUGAAAGGAUUCACGUGCCAGACAAGUCUGAUUACUUCGAGGACUUCCCGACUCCGGCGGAGAGACCGAAGGCCGUGGAGAGGUCCGAGUACAGAAUGCACCAGGAGGAGAGAUCUUAUUUCAUGGGGAACGUCUCGAGGAAAGCGAUCAUCGAGAAGGAGCGAAAACGCAGCCUCGAAGCUAAACGCAACAUGAUCGUGGCGGAGCUGAAGGAGAACAAUGAAGCUAAAAGGAACGAGAGGAGAAAGAAGUACACGGAUGACGAGGAUGGUUUGACCCAGAAUUUUAGCGAAACGGAGGCGUCGGACGAGGAGUCCACGUACAGUUGCAUAGUCGUCAAGGACCAAACGGUGGCGGAGAAAACUCUUCUUCCCAGGACUAAACUCCGUAGGGACUCCGACCGGGAGAGGGAUAAAAAUACUUGUGGACCUUGGUACGACCUCUGGGGGGUUGACGCCUCCGUGAACAAGAAGAAGAAGAAGAAACAGCAAUAAAUCUAUUGCAUUCGCAUGGUUCGACUUGUUGAAAUCGAUAGAUAUGCGUAUACGAGAGUUGAUCAUGUUUUAAAGUUUAUUCACGUUGUUUCGUUGAACGAAGGCGGGGAGCGGCUCUGGAUGAAGUCGAUUAUUUUAUUAUACCCUUAAGAUUUUGUUUCGUUUUAAGUUUAUCGUUACAUUCCGAUUUUAGCAUUCCUGUAUCUGUUAGAGGUGCUGCCGUCGAUUUAUAGUUUGUUAAUCGAUGUAUUCAUAGUAGCUUUAUUGCUAGUAGAUUCUGAAGUAGAAUACUAUACGCGUUUUAUCGUCUCGCGUCUUAUGACAAUUUUUAUGUUGUUCUACGCAUCGUAUGUUCUAUGCAUGCUUUACACUUUCUGUGUCCGCGUAUUUCCACGCGCGGUAAUUUCUCGCGCUGUAUAUCAGCGGGGUUUCACGUGUUCUAUUAUUCCUACACGUUAAAAUUCUAUGAAUCACAAAUUAUAAUUCCAUCUUAUUAUCACAUCUCGUAUUUCUACGCACAAUAAUUCCACGCGUUGCAAUUCCAUGUUCUGUAUUUUCACGCGUGGUAAUUCCAUGUUCUUUAUUUUCACGCGUUGUAAUUCUAUGUUCUGUACUUUCACAUAUUGUAUUAUUGCUGCGCGUUAUAUUCCCACGCGUCAUAAUUCUACAGGUCUUAUUUCCACGCGUCGUAUUUCUACGCACAGUAAUUCCACGCGUCGUAAUUCCAUGUUCUGUAUUUUCACGCGUUGUAUUAUUGCUACGCGUUAUAUUUUCACGCAUCAUAAUUCUAUAGGUCUUAUUUCCACGCGUCAUAUUUCUACGUACAGUAAUUCCACGCGUCGUAUUUCUACGCACA